AUGAUUGCGAUACAGUUUAUUUAUGCAGUAAUGUCUAUCUCAAGUAGGGCUGCUUUAUUAAAGGGAAUGAGUCCCAGGGUUUUUGUAGUCUAUCGGCAAGCUAUGGCUACCUUGGCUAUUGAAAAGACUAAGUUCAUGACAAUUAGUAUCAGAGCGCGGCGACGAAGCGGGCAUCAUGAAGGAAGCAUGUUGGGGUCCAACAUUGAGGAUGCUAGAGAGCAAACUCGUGGGAAGGAAACCGAGCCUAUUGCACGGGGCAGGGGCAGGAAGGAUAAAUCUCGUGAUGUCGUUGCUAACUUGGAGGCAAGGUUAGCCAAGGUGGAGCUAGCCAUGGCGAACACUCGAGAGGGGUUGGACUUGAUCGAGCAAAGCAUGGAAAAUGGUAUGAAGGAUCUUAGGGAACAAAUCCAAGACCUUCGUGAGGGGAUUCUAAUCUCACAAAUUCAACCAAUGUCGCACGAAGAGUUUGUCCUUCCAAGAAAGGUCUUGAGCAUUCUUGCUAGCAUGGAGUCAAGGAUGGAGGCCUUGGCCACUCGAAUGGAGGAAAAAUCGGCCAGGCUUUCUUUGGGAUGGAGGGGCUUUUCUUGGAUAUUUUUGGCUUCUAUUAUCGGUGUAACAGUCAAUCAAAACCUUUGUUUCGAGGAAAUGUACCUAGUCUCAUCAUUCAUGUCAAGUGUGAUGAUUAAUCUAGUUCCCGCACUCACCAUCCUAAUUGCAUCCAUGAUUGGGUUAGAGAAAAUAAAUAUCCGAAGCUUGAGAAGCAUUGCCAAGAUAGCUGGGACAGUCUUCUGUGCUGGGGGAGCCAAUUCCAUGACUUUGCUGAAGGGCCCAAAGCUACUCAACACAGAAUUUCUGCCAACAAAGUCUGCUUUUGGCUCGGGAGGCCAGAACUGGUUGCUAGGUUGUCUAUUUCUCUUUGCAGGCACUUGUUGCUGGUCCCUUUGGCUGAUUUUGCAGGUGCCCAUCUCAGCCACCUAUCCUGACAGCCUAUCUUCAUCUGCUUGGAUGUGCUUCUUUUCCACCUUACAAUCUGCAGUAGUGUCAUUCUUCUUAGAGCAAGACCCCAAAGCAUGGAUUUUGCGUUCAAAAUUUGAACUUGUCCGUUGUCUCUAUUCAGGAAUUAUAGGAUCCGGUCUUAACUACUUCCUCCAGGCAUGGUGCAUCUCACGUCGAGGUCCCCUCUUCUCUGCAAUGUUCAAUCCCUUAUGUACAGUAAUUGUGACCAUCUUGGAUCCUUUAUCUCUACAUGAGGAACUAUAUAUAGGAAGCUUAGUAGGUGCUGUUGCAGUGAUUAUUGGCUUGUACGUUGUGCUGUGGGGUAAAGCCAAAGACCUUGAAGAAUCCCAGACAGUGAGUAAUCCAGAGCUGCAAAAUAAUGAAGCAAAGAAUGUGCGAGUCUUGAUAGAUGAAUCCUCUAACAAAACAAGUUGUACAAUUGAUUUGAAGGAACCCCUUUUGCCUAGUCAGUCAAACUAA